AUGAGCGCGACCAUUGAAGGAACCAUUACUGGGACGAGCGACGAGCUUCCCCGCGUUCUAAUUGCUGGCGCCGGUCUGGGAGGACUUUUCCUUGGUAUCCUGCUGGAAAGAGCUGGCAUCCCUUAUGAGAUCUUUGAACGUUCUACUGAGAUGAGACCGUUGGGGUCCAUUAUGUGCUUGUCCCCCAACAUUCUACCGGCAUUCGAGCAAUUGGGGCUCCAUGAGGAGCUGAUGUCGUUCUCCAAGCCAGCUCUCAGGAACACCUUCUUUACUGGUGACCUCAAAAUUAUUGGCAAGACCAGUACCCUCACAACCGAGACAGUUGGGUACGAUCGCAUUUUGUUCGCCCGUCCAGAGUUGAGCGACAUGCUGUUCAAGAAGAUCCCAUCGACCAAGAUCCACCUGUCAAAAAAAAUUGUCUCUUUCGACCAGGACCAGGACGGCGUCACGUUGAGCUUUGACGACAACACGACUGCUCGUGGGGAUAUUCUUGUUGGAGCAGAUGGCGCUCAUAGUGCAGUUCGCAAGUAUCUUUUCAAGACAUUGCUCAAGGAAGGGUUGUUGCCAAAGGACGACAUUAAGGAAAUGAAUAGAGGUUACGUUUCGCUUGUGGGAACAACCAAUGCGUUGGAUCCUGUAAAAUAUCCUGGCAUCUUGGAGGAGGAUUCUGAGAGUCAUUACAUCAUUGGAGACAAGAAGACGCCCUACACCUGGGUUACAUUCGCCGUGCCUGGCAACAAGAUCUGUUGGUCCGUGAUUGUUCAACUCGGGAUUGACGCGACUGCCGAUGAACAGGUCAAGUCGUCCGACUGGGUACCUCAAGAGCAGAACAAGCAGAUGAUGGACUCUAUUCGUCACUUCAAGACGCCUUAUGGAACCAUUGGCGAUCUUUUUGAUGUCACACCCAUUGAGCGUGUGUCCAAGGUGUACUUUGAAGACCAGCUGUUUCACACCUGGCAUCAUGGACGAACGGUCUUGAUUGGCGAUGCCGCUCACAAGAUCCUCCCAAGUAGUGGAUCCGGUGCAGUCAACGCCAUGCAAGACGCAGUCCUCCUUGCCAACCACCUGUACGACAUCAAACCCACAACUUUCGGCAACAUCAAGGCCGCAUUGAGCGAUUACAAGGACGAGCGGUUCAAAUCCAUCGUGGACCAGUACCCACAGUCGCACAUAGCCGCCAAGCUCAUCUACGGACACACAUUGUGGGAACGGAUCCUUAGACACGUCGUGUUCAACUGGCUCCCCAAGUCAUUGCAGAUGAAGCAGCUCCUCAAGGAUACUGCCUACCGCCCUCAGGCCAACUUCUUACCCCAGGCGCCCAAGCGCGGAACCAUGGAUACGAUUCCACAACAGCCGUCGAAGCGCACUCAAGAAGGAAAGAAAAAGGCCGUCGCUUCCACCCUUUGA